GAGUAGAAACAACAAGCCGCCAUUUUGUUUGUGCGGACUGACCGUCCGACCGAAGGAGAUCAGCGAGAGAAGCAGAAGGAGACACUCCGGCGACCCGCCACCGACGCUCGGCUGGGAGACAACCGGGGCGAAAAAGGAAAACCGAGAGAGGGAAAAGACGCCAGCGGGAAUAGAAAAGGCGGCCGUGGAGGAGGAAAUAGUGUGAGGUGUUUGCGGAAGAAGGCGACAUAUCACAACCAGGAGGGGAAAUUGCGGAAAAAAGGGCUGCUCCAUAAACAUGACAAUUAAUAAUGUGUGCGUCGCGGAGGAAGGAAAUAGUCCGCGUAGACAAUGAUAGAAAUGCACUGCUGGCGGGUUUAAAGAGAAGGCAUCUCCAUCACAAAGACUCACUCAUUAUUCUUCCAUUUUCAUGCAAUCUUCUGCUGGACGACACAUCUCCGCCACCAGUGAGUGUUUCUCCGCCACCAGUGAGUGUUUCUCCGACCUUACAACUUCCACCAAUAAACCUGCAAAGAAAACCUUCAUUGGAUCAAAAUGAUUGGCAAUUAGCGCCAACGUCGGCUGCGAAUAAAGUCUGCUUCAGCAUCGCUUGUUGAUGUUUUGUGACAAGUUUGUCUGCACGUUUGCAUGCAGCGACGUUAGACUUCGUGCAAUAUAUCAAGUGGACACUUUUUCCUUUUGCACGACCCCGAUAAUCGCUGCGAACAUGCAGGCACCAGUUGAUGACAUUUCCACACCGGGAUUCUGCAGCAAUGUGUGUCCGGGGCGCUGAGGGUCCCCCCGGCCUUGCAUGAGACUUUAAAAAAAAGUUUGGUUUUUUUUUUCCCAACUGUUUUGGCGGAUUUUGCGUUUGGACUCGGGAUUUGCGUCGCCGACUAUGGCGGAUAAGAGCGAGCACAGAUCCCGGGACACAGCGGCCGAGGCUCCAUGACUCCACCUUCCAAUCUGCGAGGAAACUAACUCUCCGCCAGGGGAGGAGUGGGCUGCUCUCUCCGUGGAACACUCCCCAACAUCCCCUCCCGUCCCCCGAGCGGUGGGGGGACGAUCACAGGCCUCUGUGGAUCUAAAACUUUUUUUUUUUGGAUUUGUCCAAAAAUAUGGCCGAUAAUGUCUUGGAGUCCGGCCCGCCUUCAGCCAAGAGGCCCAAGCUGUCCUCGCCAGCUCUCUCCGUGUCUGCGAGUGAUGGAAACGAUUUUGGUUCACUCUUCGACCUGGAGCACGACCUCCCAGACGAGCUCAUCAGUUCCUCGGACUUGGGACUGACCAAUGGAGGGGACAUCAACCAACUCCAUACCAGCCUCGGAGGGAUCGGCGUGGGCGGAAGCCAGGAUGCCGCCGCAAAACACAAACAGUUGUCGGAACUUCUGCGUACUGGUGCGCCACCGCAGCAGGGGGGCGCUGCCUCCAACAGCGCGGGGCCCGGGGCUUCCAUGGGCAUGAUGGGAGGCGUUGGCAUGCCCCCCGGCGCACCUCAGGUCCUGGGCCCCCACGGCCAGCAGCAAGCCGGACUGAUGCAGCAGGUUGGCAUGGUUGGGGGGGUGGCGUCGCUCAACCGGGCCAUUGCAAUGAUUGCUCCCCAGAAGGGCAACGGCGGACAGCACCAGCAAAGCUUGAUGGCGGGGCACGUCAUAAACGGCUCAUCAAGAAUGGGCUACCCUGGCGGCGCGGGCAUGGCUAACAACAGUAAUCUUUUAGCCGAAACACUACAGCAGCAGGGUCAGCAAAUGGGCCCCGGGGGUCAGCCGGGGAUACGACCACAGCAACCAGGAGCACUGAACAAGAUGAAUAUGAUGGCCAAUGCGGGCCCCUAUGGUGGUCCCUACGGUCAGUCUGCUGGAGCCGGGCUGAGCCCACAGCUCCAGAACAAGGCCGGAAUGCCCAACAGCAUGUUCAACAUGGACAAGAAGGCCUCAGCGGGUCAAGGCAUGCCUGGAAUGAACUCCCAGCAGCAGCCUGCAGGCGGCGGCGCGGCAGCAGCCCAGGUGGGACUCGGUGCUGUGGGGGCAGGUCCCUGCUCAGCGCCCCCUACAGCAGACCCGGAGAAGCGUAAGCUGAUUCAACAGCAGCUGGUCCUCUUGCUUCACGCGCACAAGUGCCAACGCAGGGAGCAGGCCAACGGAGAAGUGCGGCAGUGCAACCUGCCUCACUGCCGCACCAUGAAGAACGUGCUCAACCACAUGACUCACUGCCAGGCUGGCAAGACCUGCCAAGUGGCGCAUUGUGCCUCAUCAAGACAGAUCAUCUCUCAUUGGAAGAAUUGCACGCGACAUGACUGUCCUGUAUGCCUGCCUUUGAAAAACGCUGGAGACAAGAGAAACCAGCAAUCGCUUGUCAGCAGUGCAGGGCUCGGUUUGGUGAACUCCUUAGGUUCAGGGGUGUCAGGUGGACAGUCCAGUACUCCAAACCUGAACCCGCCAAACCAGAUCGAUCCCAGCGCCAUAGAGAGGGCCUAUGCUGCCCUCGGCCUUACCUACCAGGGCAACCAGAUGCAACAGCAGCCUUCCCAGGCCAACAUGCCAAACCAGGGACUGCAAGGGCAACCUGGGAUGCGGAAUCUGAAUGCCAUGGGAGGAAACUCUAUUGGAGUGAAUGGUGGCGUGCAGGCCCCCAACCCUCAGACGUCCCUUCUGCCAGAUGCUAUGUUGCAAAACAGCAUCAACGCGCAGAGUUUGCUGAAUGAUGGUGUGGGGAACCUGGGCUCCAUGCCCACUGCGGCGCCUCCUUCUGCGGCCAUGAGGAAGUCCUGGCACGAAGACAUCACGCAAGACCUCCGCAACCACCUUGUGCACAAGCUGGUGCAAGCCAUCUUUCCCACUCCUGACCCCGCUGCCCUGAAGGACCGCAGGAUGGAAAAUCUGGUGGCGUAUGCUCGAAAAGUAGAGGGGGACAUGUACGAGUCCGCCAACAGUAGGGCGGAGUACUACCACCUCCUAGCAGAGAAGAUUUACAAGAUCCAAAAGGAGCUUGAGGAGAAGAGGAGGACUCGUCUCCAAAAGCAGGGAAUGAUGCCUGGGCAACCUAGCUUGGCUUCACCUGGCUUCCCACAGAUACCACCUCCCAGCCUGGGUCAGCCUCCCAUGGCCCCGGGGCCACCUCCAAACGGUCCUCAUGCUGAUCCGUCCAUGAUCCGACCUGCUGGACCCAACAGGCUGCAGAACCCAGCAGGAGUCAACCAGUUUGGUCAGAUGGGGAUGCAGUCAAUGGGUCAAAGGUCGACACCUCCUCUUCCCCUCAAUGCGCCAAUGAACCAGAUGGGUAUGGGCUCAACAAGGAUGGGCCAGCCAAAUGCCACGCAGCUCCAGACCCAGUACCUCCCGCCAGGCCAGUUUCCUGGGUCCAGUCCUGGGCUCGGUGCUGGCCCUGUUGGCGUGAACCAGCCAGGAUCACAGGCCGCUGGGCCGCUGCAGAACCAGAUGUCGACUCCGCCUUCCCUCCCAGCCGGCAGCCCUUCAGCCCAGUCUGCCACACCUGCCCCGUGCUCGGCAGCCUCGCUGGGGCCUGCAGCGCCUCCGUCCUCCACCUCCAACCAGCCCAGCACCUUUCCUCACUGCACGCCCAUGCGAACAAACUCUCCCUCGCCCGCACGCAGCUUAACGCCUCAACCUCAUCAGACCGCUCCCAGCUUACCUCGCUCUCAGACGCCACAGCCGCCGACCCCGACUACGCCCCAGUUGCCUCCUCAGCACCAACAGCAGGCGUCGCAGAACUCUGAGAAGGCUAGCCAGCUGCCACAGCAGACACUUGGGGGCGCCACUACCUCAGGCCCCCAGGUAGGUCAGGCUUCUUUGGGGCCUUUCCAGAAUGCACAUGUGCCCCUGCAGCUGCCAGAGAGCCCAGCGUCUCCAAAGCCUCCUGUAACAGCAGACGCUCAGGUGUCUUCUCCAGCCUCCGUCAGCAGCGGCGCUAACCCCAGCUCCCAGCUCGCCCCGCCGGACUGUCCCGCUCCCAGCCAAGAGGAUGGCAAAAUGGAAGUGAAAAAGCAGGAGGACGAGGAAGAGGAGGACGGUGUGGAAAGCCAAGAGGAGGGCAAGGCUCUCGGGAAGACGGGCAAAGUUGAGCCUGACGUACAAACGGAGAAGGUUGAGAUAAAGAAAGAGGAUGUAUCUGGAGAUGGGUGCAAAGCAGAGGCCAUGGAUACAUCUUCGUCCUCUGCCUCCUCCUCCUCCUCGUCCGCUGAAACGGGGGAAGACAAGAAGCCGGAGGUGAAAAAGGAGCCCAAAGAACAAGAUGAGGCAUCUGAGUCCACGACCUCCCCAGCCAGCACUCAGAGCAAAAAGAAAACCUUUAAGCCAGAGGAGCUCCGUCAGGCUCUGAUGCCCACCUUGGAGGCUCUGUACCGGCAGGACCCCGAGUCCCUCCCUUUUCGCCAGCCGGUGGACGCCCAGUUACUGGGAAUACCCGUACGUAUUCGAACUAGUAACAAAACUAACCUGGUAAGGGACUGCACUGGCUGCCAUUUUGCUUCAACUCCUCUAAAAAUGUGGAUUUUUUUUUUGGUUUGUUUUCAUUUUUCAUCUUCCAAGCGUUAUUUUGUCAGUAGUCAUAAUGUGUUUUUGACCUCGUCUCUCUGCUGCGCCUUCAUUUUUUUCAGUUGCCAUUGCAUGUCAAGUCAAGAACACGUCUCUGAAACAUAAACCUUUUGGCAAAUCAAAGCAAUUGAUGAAGUAACAGCACACACGCGGCUGCUAAGAGAGAUUGACUUCACACUCGGGUUGCCGACGCCUUGAAAAAUGAAAAAGGGACUGCUAUCAUGAUAUCAGUGUUUUAAAUGGGUCAAUAUGUUUUUAUGACCUAUGGAAAAUAAGGAGCAGGAGAAAAAUGUAUGAAAUGUAAACAUUUUUAUUUCCAAUGUAACUUCCUGUGCCUCCGCUAUCAAGGUAGAAGGGAAAUGUCAACAAAAUAGUACAAUCACAUUGAACACUUAACAAUAAGCUCUUAAAAAUGAAGGACUGUGUAAGAAAUGCUUAAUGAUAACACAAUAAUAUCUUCAGCAGGUUUAGUGGCAGCAAGUUACAGCU